UUGGCUGCAGACCCCCGUGUGUCACUCUAUUUCUGACUCCACUGCUGCAUGCCCCUCUCAGUCUGUCCUGCCCAGUGUGUGUUACCGUGGUGGUGUUUGUGUGACAGCGGGGCUCUCAGGAUUUGUCAUUAACCGUCUGGAUCUUUUGCCCGCUUUCUUUGCCUGUUUCCGAAGGUUGUUUAUCUUUCCCUGCGAACACACACACACACACACCGCCACUCUGACAUCACAUCUGGCUGUAAUCCACCUCCCACAACUCCCUGUGGAAACCAUGGCACUGUCUUCACGCUUAAAACUGUGGGAGCAGAAGAUAAAGGAGGAGAAGACGCCGGUGGUCGCGGCCGAACCUCCUCCACCUCUGACAGCUGUGCCGGGCGGCUUCCUCAAACAGCUGGUCAGAAGCUCCGAGAAGGAGACCAAACAGAAAGAGCCGGAGAGCAAAGAAAAAGAAGAGCUGAGAGCACCAAGCAAACUCAGCAACAACCUCGUGCAACAGUUCCUCCUCCCAGAUCAGACUCCUCCGAUCCUCGAGGCAGAGAUGGCUCUGCGGGCCGAGCACCUGAUCAACAGCAGCAAACAGACAGACGGCCGAUCGUCGUCUCAGAGGCUCAUUCUGUCUCCUAAGCCCAGCAACAAACAGGAAGUAACACCAGAGCCACCGAAGCAGCAACAGGACAUAAGGUCAGAGAAGAACAAGAUGAAGAAGCCAGAGGAGGAGAGGAUAGAGGAGGUGCAACAGGUGGAGAGGAAGGAGAAAGGGAUGGAGGAGAGGCAGGAGCCAGAGGGAAGGCAGGCAGACACAACUAUAACAGAGCAUGAGAACAGGAGAGAGGUGAGAGAUGUUUGGUACGAAGCUGGAACUGUGUGGUACAUUCACAAGGAUGGUUACACCCUUGCUACUCAGCUGAAGCCAGAUGAAGGCACACCUGAACUCCCAGAAGGCCGAGUGAGAGUCCGCCUGCAGACAGACGGGUCUCUGCAUGAUGUCACAGAGUACGAGAUUGAGAAGCUCAACCCAUCAGACCUGGACCUGUGCGAGGACCUGAGUGACCUACAGAGCGUCAACGAGUGUGGAGUUCUGCACAAUCUGACCAGCCGAGCCAAAUCCAGCAUGCCGCUCACACAAGCAGGACCCAACCUGGUCAACUUCUGGCCUCCGUUACAGACUAACAGCAAGACUCCAAAGUCUCGUCGAGGGGAGUCAGUGUGGGAUGCUCCUCCUGCUCUGGCUGCUCUGGUCAAACGGGUGUACGUGUCCAUGGUCGGCACCAGAAGAGACCACACUGUGUGUGCGGUGGGACGCAGCGGGACUGGCAAGACCACCACAUGCCAGGCGUUCACAUUGUCUCUCCUCAAACAGGCCGGUACAACCAGGGAGAAGAUCAGCGUGGAGCGUGUGCAGGCCAUGUUCACCAUCCUGAGGUCUUUUGGCUGCGUGAGCUCUCAGCACAGUGACGCUUCAUCUCGGUUCGCCAUGGUCUUCUCGAUGGACUUUAACCACGCUGGACAGGUGGCUGCUGGACACCUACAGACGAUGAUGCUGGACAAAUGGAAGGUGUGUCAGCAAACUCAGGGCGAGAGUAACUUCCUGGUCUUCUCUCAGAUGCUGGCAGGACUCAGCACAGAGAUGAGGACAGAACUGCAGCUGCACCAGCUUCCUGAGAACAACUCUUUUGGGAUUGUUCAUCCCACAAAGGUUGAGGAGAAACAGCGUGCGUCCGUUGCCUUCACCAAGCUGCUGACUGCCAUGGAAACGCUGAGCUUCUCAGCCGGCGAGCAGAAGGCAAUAUGGCAUGUUCUGGCUGGUAUUUACCAUCUGGGAGCUGCUGGGGCCUGUAAAGUUGGCAGGAGACAGUUUGUGAACUUCGACAGCGCUCAGGUGGCCAGCAGUGUCCUGGGCUGUGAGGGAGACGACCUGCACACUGCCGUCUUCAAACAUCACCUCCGACAGCUGCUGCAGAGAGCCACCGGGGGCAGCAGAGAGAGGAACACUGCAGAGUCAGAGGAGGGUCCCAGACUGACAGCUGCUCAGUGUGUGGAAGGAAUGGCAGCUGGACUCUACGAGGAACUCUUCAGCGCCAUAGUCUCACUUAUCAACAGAGCUCUGAGCGGUCAGCAGCUGACGUUGGCCUCGAUGAUGGUGGUGGACACUCCAGGCAUGAGGAACCCGAGAUACUCAGCAGAGGAACGAGCAGCCAGCUGGUCUGAAUUCUGUCACAACUACCUGCAGGAGAGGCUGCUGGAGCGCUACCACACACACACCUUCACACACACACUGGAGAGAUACACACAGGAGAAUAUCUCAGUGCAGUUGGAGUGUCCAGAGAACAGUCCUGCCGAGGUGGUGUCUGCUAUUGACCAGCCGCCUCCACAGGUCCGUGCGGCAGAUGGAGACCCUAGAGGUCUGUUAUGGGUUCUGGAUGAGGAGAUGUUGACACCAGCCUCCAGUGAGAACAUCGUCCUGGAGAGAGUCUCUCAGUAUUACAGCAACACUGUGCGUCAGUGCGAGCAGCCGCUGCAGUUUGAGGUGAACCACCUGAUGGGCUCUGACCCGGUUCGAUACGACCUGACUGGAUGGAUCGGUCUGAUCCAGAGCAACCCGUCUGCUCUGAACGCCAUCUCUGUGCUUCAGAACUCCACCAUAGGGGAGGUGAAAGCCAUGUUUUCUCCAAGGAUCUCUCUGCCCCCUCUGUGUCGAGGUCUGGGGGGUCUGGAGGGCGGCAGCCAGCGCUGUCUGCAGAGGAACGGCACCAUCAGGAAAACCCUCAGCGGAGGAAUGGCGGCCAUACGGAGACUCUCCCAAAGCAUCGCAGUUAAACUACAGGCGGAUGCUCUGGUGAACCUGAUCCGUAGAGCCAAGCCGGUGUUCCUGCAGUGUGUGAAUGCAAAGAACGAUAGUGGAAGUUUUGACGUCCCAGCGCUCAGAGUCCAGCUGCACUCCACACAGAUCCUGUCGGCCCUGCAGUUCCACCGCACAGGUUAUCCAGAGCACAUGACUUUGAGUGACUUCAGGUGUCACUUCCAGGCGUUGUCUCCUCCAAUUAUGAAACGUUACGCUUCAAUGUUCGUCAGCCAUGAUGAGAGGAAGGCGGUGGAGGAGUUACUGGUUGAGUUGGAUCUGGAUAAAAAGAGCGUCGUGGUGGGCGCCAGCAGGGUGUUCAUGAAGCGAGGUGUGCUGCAUUACCUGGAGCAGCAGAGGGACCAGCAGGUCACCGGCUGGUUGGUCUAUCUGCAGGCCGCCUGCCUGGCACAUCUGGCCCGUCAGAAGUACCGCAAACUCAAGGUGCAGCAGAUGGCGGUCCGCUGUCUGCAGAGGAACCUGCGGGCUCUCAGGGUCGUUUCCAAGUGGAGCUGGUGGAAACUCUUCUGCAAAAUUCGUCCUCAGCUUGACGUCAACAUGGACAACGAAAGGCUCCGGGCUAAAGAGGAUGAGAUAUCUGCUCUGAGACGACGCCUGGAGAAAUCAGAGAAGGAGAGGAACGAGCUGAGGCAGACUGCAGACAGCCUGGAGACCAAGGUUACAGCUGUGACAUCUGAGCUAAGCGAUGAGCGUUUCCGUGGCGAUGCUGUGGGUCAGGCUCUGGAUGUUGAGAGGGCGGAGAGGAUCCGACUCAGCAGGGAGAACAAAGACCUGCAGGCUCGUCUAGACCAGUGUAAAGUCACCAUGGAAACCCUGGAGAAGCAGCUGGAGGAGGAGAAACAGAAAGCGAAGAUCACUGAGAGUCAGCGAGGAACAGCGACAGAAAGUGAGCUGUCCAUGCAGCUGGAGUGCUGCCAGACGGAGGUUGAAUUUGUCCGCAGACGACUCAAGCAGACGGAGGAAAAACUGGAGACAGAGAGACAGACCCGACAACAGCUCGAUACCAAGGUGGCGACACUGCAGGCCCAGCUGGAGCAGUCCAGGCGGACUGUGACAGAACUGAAACGCCACUGUCGCCGUGUGACCUCUGACCUCCAGGAUGCCCGUGUUCUCACCGACAGCCUGCAGAGCCGCAUGCAUGAGCUGGACCGCAAACAGAGAAGAUUUGACAGUGAGUUGACACAGGCUCUGGAGGAAGCUGACAAUGAGAGAGAGCAAAAGGACAAAGCUGUUCAGGAAAACACAGCUCUGGGGACUGAAAUAUACACUCUGCGCCGCAACCUACAGGAGAGCCAGUCAGAGGUGGGCCGUCUGCAGAAGCAGAAGGAGGAGUUGUGCGCUCAGAUCCGUGACCUCAGCCUGCCUGUUGAUCUCGCCUCCGAUUCGCUUCCUGACCUCAAGAAACAGCUUCGCCUCCUGGAGAGUCAGGCGAGCGAGAGAGCGCAGGAAGUCACCACGCUCAGCACCCAAAUACAGCAGCAGCAACAGAUCCACAUGCGCUUUGAGAUGGAGAUGGAGAGGAUGAAGCAGAUGCAUCAGAAAGAGUUGGAGGAUAAAGAAGAGGAGCUAGAGGAUGUACACAAGUCCUCUCAGAGACGGCUGAGGCAGUUGGAGAUGCAGUUGGAGCAGGAGUAUGAGGAGAAACAGAUGGUGAUUCAUGAGAAGCACGACUUGGAGGGACUCAUAGCAACUCUGUGUGACCAGGUGGGGCACAGAGACUUCGAUGUGGAGAAGAAGUUGAGAAGAGACCUAAAGAGAACUCAUGCCCUGCUGGCUGACGCCCAGCUGCUUCUCUCCACCGUUGACAACCCGGGACAGAACAUGCCCAACGGCAGCAGAGAGCAGAUAGAGCGCCUUCACUGCCAGCUGGAGGAGGGUGAAGCGAGGCGGCUGGAGGCCGAGACCGCUGUGACGACUCUCUCCCAGGAGCUGGAGAACUCUCAGAUCGAGCUGGAAAAUAUCUGCAAACAGAAGAGUGUGGUGGAUGAGCAGUUAGCUCUGUUGCAGCAUGAGAAGGCAGACCUGCUGAAGAGGCUCGAGGAGGACCAGGAAGACCUCAAUGAACUCAUGAAGAAGCACAAAGCGCUCAUUGCUCAGUCCUCUAGUGAUAUCUCUCAGAUCAGAGAGCUGCAAGCCGAACUGGAGGAGGUGAAGAAACAGAGACACUCUCUGCAGGAGGAGCUCCAGCAGAGCGUGUCGAGGGUGCAGUUCCUGGAGUCGUCCACCGUGGGGCGUAGCAUUGUCAGCAAACAGGAGGCACGUGUGUGUGACCUGGAAAACAAACUGGAGUUCCAGAGAGGGCAAGUCAAGAGGUUUGAGGUGCUGGUGUUGCGUUUAAGGGACAGCGUGGUACGUCUGGGAGAGGAGCUGGAGCAGAGCGCGCAGGCUGAAGCUCGGGAGAGAGAGAACGCCCGCUACUACCAGCAGCGGCUGCAGGACGUGAGGCUGGAGAUGGAGGAGCUGAUUCAGAGAGAGCAGGACAGCAGCCGCAGACGCAUGGAGCUGGAGAUGCAGGUGGAGGAGCUCAGCGCCGUCAGACAGGCGUUACAGGCGGACCUGGAGACGUCUAUCCGUCGCAUUGUGGACCUGCAGGCCGCCCUGGAGGAAGUGGAGUCGAGCGACGAGAGCGACUCUGAAAGUGUUCAAACUGCUGUGGAGUCGUUGACUCGAAAGAAAGACCUUGACUCGGUGUCCAGUGUCGGCUCUAUCGGGACAGAGGAUGUAGGAGAGGGGAUUCGUCAUUGGUUAGGGGUGCCCAGAGGAGGCUCCCGUGGCGGUGGCUCCCCCUAUGGCAGCAGUACCAUCAGCGGGCGCCAGUCUGUCGCUGACACCAUGAGCACCUACAGCUUCCGUUCCUGUGUGGAUCCUGAUGACGAUGGCUCUGAGGCAGGAGGUGGGGGUUCCAGAGGUCCCAGUCGAGCCCCGUCCUCUUCAGCCUUGUCUGAGCUGUUGGACGGACUCCGUAAACGCAGAGCUGGCGGCGACGCAGGAGAAGGAGCCGGCAGCACCGUCUCCCUGCCAGUUUAUCAAACAACCGCGGCCUCGACUCUCAGGCGAAGAACCUCAGCCCUCUCCCUCGGUCCAGGUGACCUCCAGGAGCCCCGGCCUGGCCCCAGCAUCCUCAAACCGUCCUCGCCACUCCUGCCUCGAGCUGCCAGCGCUCGCUCUAUCAGUGAAGCCCAGACAUCUGCUGCCGUCUCUACAUCUGGAGCCAAACUCUCUCGCUUCAACUCAAGUGAUUCCCUCUCUGCGCUUCCCUCACUGCCUCACCUCUCCUCCUUGACUUCCUCCCUCACUGCUCGCCAUCAGCCUCCCUCACUGGCCAUCCCAGAGGAGGACGGAGACGAACCCCUCCGCUCCCAGAUGACCCCCAUACAGCGCUCCCCUCAGGCACUGAGGCGGUGCAUGCUGGGUAGUCUUGUUACAGAGGAUGGAGGCGAAGCGUCUCUGGGUUCAGAACCUAUGGUCUUCCAAAACCGCCACCUGGUUGACGACCGUGACGACGCAUCCUCCGAAAUCCUGCCCGCCAUCCGCAGAGCUCAGUCCACCAGCAGCCUGGCCAGCUCAGUCAGAGGAGGCAGGAGGGCGCUGAGCGUCCGCUUUGGAGAGCUGCCUCCUUCGACCCGCAGCAGGAAAAGCUCUGAAAGUGAGUCCUCCAGCUCAGGUGGAAGCUCCCAGGGAGGCGGAGUGAGACGCAGGUUUGAGAGGCCGCAGGGGGAGAGACUGGAGGCGGAGGGCAGUGAGGGGGGAGACGUGGCUUCAGUCAUGAAGAAAUACCUAAAAAAGGAGGUUGACUGAUGUAAAUGAGCUGUGAGCUGCACAGACAGACUGAAGGCUGCAGGAGCUGCAGGCCAGGAUGAACCAAACUCUUCAGAAGACAACGAGGAUGUUUUUUUGACUUUAUUAAAACCUCCUGAAAAUACAUCUGCACUUAAUCAACUGUAUUUUCAGAAAAGCACUGUUUGUAUAUGAAUAAAAAAAUGAAAUGAA